AUGGAGGUCCGACCUACGUUGAGCUUUUCGAAGAAGGACAAAAUUGGAACCAUACAACCACACGAUGAUGCUUUAAUAGUAGCGCUCAGGAUAGGAGGCUAUAAUGUGAAGAGAGUGUUGGUAGACCACGGUAGUGGUAUAGAAAUUAUGUACCCUGACUUAUACAAAGGGCUGAACCUGAAGCCUGAGGAUUUGACAGCAUAUGAUUCACCUUUGGUAAGCUUUGAUGGAAAAGUUGACAUUCCAAAGGAUCAGAUUAGACUACCCAUACAAAUAGGUUCAGAGGUAGUAGACGUGAACUUCAUUGUGGUGGAUAAUUAUUCUCCAUACACGGCCAUUAUGGCAAGACCAUGGCUCCACACCCUGGGGGCUGUUUCUUCCACCCUGCAUUUAAAGGUAAAAUAUCUGUCCGGGAACCAAGUUGAAAAGCUUAUUAGGAGUCAAUCUAUGGCUAGGCAGUGCCUGGUGGCUGCAAUUAUGCAUCAGCCUGAAGCUGAGUCUUUAGCCUCUACUGAGGGAGGCUCAUAG